CGUAUCUCGCGAAUACCCUUGGAGGAGUGCCCAAAGCCUCGCGAAUCAGUAUCGGCGUAUGAGGAUUAUUUUUCUUCAUAAGCGGGUACGAUUUCUGUACGAACGCUCUACCCCACCUCCUCAUCAGCUCGCAUUCCACCCAUUCAUCUGUUUCGAAGAAGAUCCAACAAACCUAACAGCAGCACUCCCUUCCCCCGUCUGACAGAAAAGGAAACGCAAUUCCUUCAAUGAACUUCCGAACGCGAGUCGUGCGGCCAUGGCGUUGCAGUGAUUGUUCGGAAUUAAGGGUUUUCCAUUGAACCGGAGUUUGUGGCAGCCCGUGCUACUCAUUUCGCUGAGUCAUCAAGUCUAAGAUCUUUAUCCGAUGGGAUCAGCGGCCAAAGGCAGGGGAACAAACCGAGCGAGACACAGAGUUAACAACCUCAACCACAACGAAACCAAACCUCCAGAUAAACACAAUCAGCAAUGGCCGCUCAAGCACCAGCCCAAGCAGCCAAAGUGCUGAACCCAGCUCUCAAUCCGAGAACUGUUCAUUUUUGGGUAUUGCUUUCUCUCUUUCCUUUGGCGGUCACUGCUAAUGUAUCCUGUGGUUCAUAGGCUCCUGUCCUCAAGGUAUCACCCCGCGCUCCGGAACCUCUACUGAAUUGUAUUAACCAGAAGCUAGUGGGGUCUUGUCAUUGCCGGAGCGAGCGACUUCUAUCGCCCCGUCGAAUCUCUUUCCGUCACCCAGAAUGUCGCUCUAUUCUGCACAGGGACUAUCUGGACUAGAUGGUGUCUAAUUAUCCGCCCGCAAAACGUCCCGUUUGUCCACUACAUUCACCCCGACAUAUAAAUUACAGAAUAACCUCUAACUGCGAACAGGUUGGCCGCUGUUAACUUCUUUUUGGCUGGUGUCGGGAGCGUCCAGUUGGGGCGUAUCGGGUUGUGAGUAUUCAGCGAGCUUGGCAGUUGUGGAAGCUGACGGUUUGGACAGACAUUAUCGGAGCUUGAAGAAGCAGGAGAAAGAGCAUCCUGUUAUGAGCGAAAUUGCGAAAAAGACCACCACCUAAGCUUGGCACCUACGGCUGAAAGUUCUUCUAGGAGUAGAGAGAGGCGGUGUGAAUGGGAGUGCAGUUUUUUUUCCGUAUUACGUUACAAAAACCAACCCUCCCCUAACGUGUGGGUUCUGGAUUCUUACAUAGAGCGGCGGCACCUUUAUCAAUUGAUACGAUUUACUCCCUUUGUCCCCCGGAUAAGAAUUGGCUGAGGUGGAGACAGGGCCACCAGUGCUGUCCACGAAGUCUUCUUUGUAGCAUAAAGCCAUUUACAGCUCCUGCUAAUGGGCGGGAUCUAACACAAUUAAAGUACAUUUCCGCC